AUGUUUCAUGGGAAUGGUCGAGCUGCCGGCCGGCUCUCACCUACCCACUUCGGGGACAGGCGGGGGAAUGAAUCCGUCAUUCCUACGCCGAUUCGACGUGGAGGGCGAGCGGAGACCCACUGGGAAGAAGCAGCCCCUACGGUCGCCCGAACGCCCUCGCGAUGGCAUCGAACCAUGACGGCGUAUUCGUUGCCUCCAAUGGCCGUAGCAACGGCGCCGGAGCUCUCGAAUUGAGGGCAUCGCUAGACGAUACCCCUCCCGACGUCGCGGGGCCCAAAUCCGUAUCUGAUGUCUCCGAUUCGGCUAAUGGAUAUCGACUUCGUGUUGCAUACCAGGGGCUCCCGGGUGCAUACAGUGAAGCUGCGGCAGCAAAGGCGUAUCCUGAUUGUGAAGCGGUCCCGUGCGAGCUGUUUGAAACGGCUUUCGAUGCUGUUGAAUGCAUGCUUGUUGAUCGGGCAGUUCUACCUAUUGAAAAUUCACUAGGUGGUACCAUUCAUCGCAAUUAUGAUCUUUUACUUCGCCAUAAUUUGCACAUCAUUGGGGAAGUAAAAUAUGCAGUUCGACAUUGUUUACUAGCCAAUUCUGGUGUGAAGAAGGAAAAUCUGAAAAGAGUUCUCAGUCAUCCUCAGGCUCUUGCACAGUGUGAGAACACACUUGCAAAAAUAGGAGUUGUUAGAGAAGCUGUAGAUGAUACAGCAGGAGCUGCAAAAUUUAUUGCUACCCACAAACUCCAAGAUGCAGGGGCUGUUGCCAGUUCAUUGGCUGCUGAAAUAUAUGGAUUGGAUAUCCUUUCCCUAGAUAUUCAGGAUGACCCUGAUAAUAUUACUAGAUUCUUGAUGCUGGCACGAGAACCUAUUAUUCCAGUUACCCAUAAGCCAUUUAAGACAAGCAUAGUUUUCUCUCUUGAAGAAGGCCCAGGUGUACUUUUCAAGGCACUUGCUGUUUUUGCACUGAGGAAUAUCAACCUCACAAAGAUUGAAAGUCGUCCCAAGAGAACUAAACCCUUACGCAUAACUGACAAUGGCACCAAUGGACGUCUAAAGUACUUCGACUAUCUAUUCUUUGUAGAUUUUGAAGCAUCAAUGGCUUCUCCUAAUGCCCAAAAUGCUCUUGGGCACCUGAAGGAGCUGGCCACAUUCUUGAGAGUGUUAGGGAGUUACCCUAGGGACAUGAGUGAAGCAUGACUUUAGGAAAAUGAUGGGCAUUGGUAAUGACAAUCACUUCCUAGAUAAAAGUGGACAUUUCACCUAUGAGAUUUUUGUUUCUCAGUAUAUUAACUUUGUGCUAUCAUGAUUGAAUGUUAAUUAUCAUACUCUUGAGUUCAAAUGUUAAUAAAAAAUAAGUGUCUUGGUAUACUAUAUUGGAACACUAAUUAGUAAAUUGGUCAUAAUUUUUCUUUUUU